CAUGUUCGGCACUCCCCAGACAGCGUUUUACCAGCAAGCCAGGGAGCAGCGGUGAAGUUCUCGAGCAUAGUCUUCAUUUUGUUUUCACGAUUACCUUGGCUGACACACACGUCAUGCAUCCAAUGGCACAACAGCUGCUACUGAGGUUAAAAGAUAGAUUGAUUUCUGUCAUCAAUAGAGUACCUAUUGAUUUUGAGUACCUCCUAUUUGUCUCCACCCAAGAGUUGCAGUUUAUUCAAGCUGGCACACAAUACUUGGAUAUUCCUGCAGAGUUGGUGGAUGGUCUGCAAGAGUUGAUUUCAGUGCUCAGUUCACAUCUGUCACAGAAUACAGUUCCUCCUCUAUUUAGUGAUCUAGCCACCGUUUGUUGGAGUGGGAAUGUAGGACGGCCAGAACUUCAAAUGAGUCGUGACACACUACAGACAUUGCUGGAUACCUCUUUACCCCUAGUUCGUUUAGCAGAAAUGCAUGGCAUUUCAAGGUCAACUCUUUACAGAAGAAUGAAGGACCACAACAUUUCAGUGAGGGCAUGCUAUUCUUUAAUUUCUGAUGAAGAAUUAGACCAGAAAGUCAGAGCCAUUAAGGGAAGGAUGCCGCAUGCGGGCUACAGAAUGGUCAAAGGAAAUCUCCGAGCAAUGGGCCUUCGUCUUCAAUGGAAAAGAGUGAGGCUGUCUUUGCAACGUGUAGAUGGUGCAGGUAUCAUUUCCAGGAUGAUUCAGCUUCAUUGCAUUGCUCGACGACAGUACUCUGUUCCUGCUCCCCUGUCUCUCGUCCACAUUGAUACAAAUCAUAAAUUAAUAAGGUAUAACAUUGUCAUCUUUGGAGGAGUAGAUGGAUUUUCCAGGAAGAUUUUGUAUCUGGACACAGCAGCUAACAACAAAGCAUCAACUGCUUUUGGAUUCUUCAUGGAGAGUGUUCAGAGAAAUGGAUGGCCCUCCAGAGUGAGAGCUGAUCAAGGGGUGGAAAAUGUCGACAUUGCCAGGUGUAUGUUUACUGUCCGAGGAACAGGCCGUGGAAGCUUUAUAGCAGGCAAAAGUGUCCAUAACCAGAGAGUGGAACGCUUAUGGAGAGAUGUUUGGAGUUGUGUAACGUCAAACUACUACAAUGCACUACACAGCUUAGAGGAAGAGGGCUUCAUUGACCUGUCUAAUGAGAUCCACCUUUUCUGUGUGCAAUAUGUGUUCAUACCUCGUCUGCGGUCAGAUCUACAACAUUUCAUAGACAGUUGGAACAAUCAUCCGAUCAGCACAGAGGCAAACCUUACACCUCAACAGAUGUGGAACAUUGGAAUGCUUCAAGCACCUGUGCCUGAGCCAAACUAUGCAGAGCUUCAGCACAUUGAACAUCAGGAGGAGGUAUCUGAAGACACUGACCAUGGGGUUGUUGUUCCUGAUACUCCAUCCCCCCUCUCUGCAGAGAAUCUUGCUCUGCUGCAACAUGAAGUGAAUCCUAACUCUGACUCCUUAUCCUUUGGUCGGGACAUAUACCUGCGUGCUCUUCAUUUUGCAAUGACCCAUGUGUAAAUGGACAGACACUACUCAGACACCACUCAGCUUUGAAUGAAGCGAAAACAUGCCUGAGGCUUCCUGAUGGAUAACUACGUCACUUUACUGAUCACCCCCUGGGGCUUGCUCUGUCCAUAACUCCACCAUUGUCUGGUCCCUGCCUUCCUGUUAAUGGAUUUCUACACUUCCUUUACUCACUGAGUGAGGUCUUAAAAUAAAGGCAGUAAAAUACAAUGUUGUAACAUGGCAUACCCUGUAUAGUAAAUUUGAAAAUACAAUUAUAUAUGAAAUUU